UCAGGGUCCCGCUCUGAGUACCCACACCUGGAGCCCAGGCACCUGCCUUUCUCCCCUGCAGCCCUGACAGAGAAACCCCACAUCCGGAUGAGGGAGCCUCUGGAGUCCGGCCGCCCCACAGAGCUGGCCUGCAGCCUGCCAGGGGCCUGCGAAGGGGGACGACCUCUCACCUUCUCCUGGGCGGGAGCCGCUGUGGACUCGCUGGACCCCCAGACCCUCCGCUCCUCAGUGCUCACCUUCACCCCGAGGCCCCGGGACCAUGGCUCCAGCCUCACCUGUCAGGUGAAACUGCAAGGAUCUUCAGUGGCCACGCAGAGAACCAUCCGGCUCAAUGUCUCCUACAACCCGCACUCCAGCAGAUGUGUGACCCAGGAGCCGCAGGGCUCCUGGCCCCUGGUCUUCACCCUGAUCAGAGGGGCCCUCAUGGGGGCUGGCUUCCUCCUCACCUACGUCCUCACCUGGCUCUACUACACCAGGUGUGGAGGCCCCCGGAGCAGGAGGCAGAGCUCCUGAUGGAUCCUCCUUCCUCUCAGGAUGGGACUGAGGUUCGGACACCAGGCUAGAGGGACCGUCCUGGGACGUCAAUUUCACCUUCUCCCUGGACGCUCUUGACUCAC